CUUUUAGACAUAUCAGAUAAAACUUUUAAGUUAGCCGUGAGCGUAUCAAAGUUCACUAGUACUUAAAAAGUUACUUUUUAUAUUUAUAAUUAGUAUAUAUUCAACUGCUUACUGUCUGUUCAUAUUUCAGGUAGCACUUAAGUAAUUAGUCAUGUCUUCUGUUUCAAGUGCCACUCGGGUUUUAUUAAGCAAAAAUGUUAUUUUCAACUCCGGACGUGCCCUCUCUAAUACCGGUCGCAUCAAGUUCUACAGUACAGCUCCUCAGUAUGAGAACAUAAAAGUAGAAGUAGUCGGACAGAAAAAGAACGUCGGUAUAAUUCAGCUCAACAGACCAAAAGCCCUGAACGCGCUCUGCAAACCUCUGUUCCAAGAACUCGGGAAAGCCGUGAAAGACUUCGACAAAGAUGAAACCAUCUCAGCGAUCAUCAUUACUGGUAACGAAAAAGCGUUCGCAGCGGGUGCUGACAUCAAAGAGAUGCAGAACAAUACAUACAGCACGAACCAGAAGGCGGGCUUCCUUCAAGAGUGGGAGGAUGUGUCCAACUGUGGCAAGCCUAUCAUCGCUGCUGUCAACGGAUUUGCGCUUGGUGGUGGCUGUGAACUGGCCAUGCUGUGCGAUAUCAUCUAUGCAGGAGAGAAAGCAAAGUUCGGUCAGCCAGAGAUCAACAUUGGAACCAUUCCCGGCGCCGGUGGCACCCAGAGGCUGCCCAGAUACGUUGGCAAAUCUAAAGCGAUGGAGAUCGUGCUCACUGGCAACUUCAUUGACGCGCAAGAAGCUGAGAAGAUGGGUCUCGUUAGCAGAGUGUUCCCCGUGGAGAAGCUUCUAGAAGAGAGCAUCAAGCUGGCAGAACGUAUCGGAACACAUUCGCCGCUCAUUGUCAAGAUGGCGAAGCAGGCCGUUAACCAGGCGUACGAGACUACACUCAAGUCUGGCCUGCAAUUCGAGAAGUCAUUGUUCUACGGUACUUUUGCUACGGCUGACCGCCAAGAAGGCAUGAAUGCAUUUAUCGAAAAGAGGGCGCCGAACUUCAAAAAUGAAUAAUUAUCUCACAGACGAAUAAAAUGCAAAUUUCUUAUAAUUUUCAAUGCAUAUCACACAAAACUUAUAAAAGUGAUUUUGCAUGGUUUCCUGUAUAUAUUGGUCACAUAUUAUUUACGGUUGUCGUUUUUUAUAGUGAGGUUUUUUUUUAUUGUUAUGAAAAUAUGAAAUAAGUGUUGCAAUCAUGUGUAAUAUUGAUAACUAUAAGAGAAUUUAUUUUGUACUAGAAUAAUUUUCUUAAAGUUUUAUAUUCAGUAAAAUAAUUUGUGAUA